AGUGCGGCCGGCGCUAGGACCUGCGGGGGCUUCCCGGGCCGCGGCGCCUCCCGCUCCCCCGCUCCCCCCAGCCCUCCCCCCCCCAAAAUGAGGAAACGGAGCAACUUGUUCCAAGUUGUGCAGCCAGGGCUGCCUUGGGGUGCCCAGCCAGCGCUCGGGGGCCCUCCUGGGUGUGGGCGCGGGGCGCGGCUCGGGGGCGCCCCCUGAGCAGGUGAACGUGCCUUUGCUUGCACACCCGCGUGCCCGUGGGUCCCUGUGUCCACCUGUGUCCAAGCCCCAUGUGUUUCUGUGUGUGCUCGUGUGUACAUGGAUCAGUAUGCGUGUGAGCCCCCGCUUCCUCCGUGCCUGGCGCCCCACGUUCGUCUCAGCCAGGAUGCCAACGAGGCGCUGGGCCCCAGGCACCCAAUGCAUCACCAAGUGUGAGCACACACGCCCCAAGCCAGGAGAGCUGGCCUUCCACAAGGGCGACGUGGUCACCAUCCUGGAGGCCUGUGAGAGCAAGAGCUGGUACCGUGCCAAGCACCACGCCAGCGGGCAGGAGGGUCUGCUGGCGGCGGGGGCGCUGCGGGAGCGCGAGGCCCUGUCGGCCGACCCCAAGCUCAGCCUCAUGCCGUGGUUCCACGGGAAGAUCUCGGGCCAGGAGGCCGUGCAGCAGCUGCAGCCGCCGGAGGACGGGCUGUUCCUGGUGCGAGAGUCCGCACGGCAUCCGGGCGACUACGUGCUGUGCGUGAGCUUCGGCCGCGACGUCAUCCACUACCGGGUGCUGCAUCGCGACGGCCACCUGACCAUCGACGAGGCCGUCUGCUUCUGCAACCUCAUGGACAUGGUGGAGCAUUACAGCAAGGACAAGGGGGCCAUCUGCACGAAGCUAGUGAAACCCAAGAGGAAGCAGGGCACCAAGUCGGCAGAGGAGGAGCUGGCCAAAGCCGGCUGGUUACUGAACCUACAGCAUUUGACGCUGGGUGCGCGGAUUGGAGAGGGUGAGUUUGGAGCGGUCCUGCAGGGUGAGUACCUGGGACAGAAGGUGGCCGUGAAGAACGUCAAGUGCGAUGUGACGGCCCAGGCCUUCCUGGACGAGACGGCGGUCAUGACGAAGAUCCAGCACAAGAACCUGGUGCGCCUGCUGGGCGUGAUCCUGCACCAGGGACUCUACAUCGUCAUGGAGCACGCCCACUUCCCUUCCCCACAGGGCAACCUGGUGAACUUUCUACGGACACGAGGCCGGGCCCUCGUGAGCACGCCCCAGCUACUGCAGUUUUCCUUGCACGUGGCUGAGGGCAUGGAGUACCUGGAGAGCAAGAAGCUGGUGCACCGAGACCUUGCUGCCCGCAACAUCCUCAUUUCCGAGGACCUGGUGGCCAAGGUCAGUGACUUUGGCCUGGCCAAAGCCGAGCGGAAGGGGCUGGACUCAAGCCGGCUGCCGGUCAAAUGGACGGCGCCCGAGGCUCUCAAACACGGGAAGUUCUCCAGCAAGUCGGAUGUCUGGAGUUUCGGGGUGCUUCUUUGGGAGGUUUUCUCAUACGGCCGGGCUCCAUACCCCAAGAUGUCGCUGAAGGAGGUGUCAGAGGCCGUGGAGAAGGGGUACCGCAUGGAGCCCCCCGAGGGCUGCCCGGGCCCCAUUCAUGCCCUCAUGGGCAGCUGCUGGGAGGCUGAGCCUGCCCGCCGGCCGCCCUUCCGGAAACUGGCAGAGAAGCUGGCCCGGGAGCUGCGCAGCGCGGGGGCCUCGGCCCCGGUGGGGGGCCAGGACACGGACAGUUCCUCCUCGCCCCGAGGCCAGGAGCCCUGACCCUGCCCCGUGGGGCCUCGGGCCCCAGAGGACAGAGUGGAGGGUGUGGGGUCGGGAGAACGGGCCAGGCCCGAGAAGGGUCAGGGCCAGCGAGCUGCUCAUGUGGCCCAGGUGGGGGGCUCUGGGCAGCCCGUGGACACCAGGGACCCGGGGAGGCGAGGGAUUAGCGCCUCCAUAAAGACUGGUUCCAAGGAC